AUGUCCCGCCAGGCAAAGGAUGACUUCGUGCGGCACUACACGGUCUCGGACCCCCGGACCCACCCCAAGGGCUACACCGAGUACAAAGUGACCGCCCAGUUCAUCUCAAAGAAGGACCCAGAGGACGUCAAAGAGGUGGUGGUCUGGAAACGGUAUAGUGACUUCCGGAAGCUGCAUGGAGACCUGGCCUACACCCAUCGGAACCUCUUCCGCCGUCUGGAGGAGUUCCCUGCCUUCCCCCGUGCCCAGGUGUUUGGCCGAUUUGAGGCCUCUGUGAUUGAGGAGCGGAGGAAAGGAGCGGAGGACCUGCUACGCUUCACGGUGCACAUCCCCGCUCUCAACAACAGCCCGCAGCUGAAGGAGUUCUUCCGGGGCGGGGAGGUGACGCGGCUCUCAGAGGUGCCCAGGGACUUGCAUGUCCUGCCACCGCCUCUGAUCCCCACGCCACCCCCUGAAGAGCCCAGGCCUCACCCUGAGGAGGUCCAGCUGCUGCAGCCCCUGCCCCCUGAAAGGAGGGGCCUGGAGGAGUUGGAGGUGCCAGCCGACCCCCCACCAUCCAGCCCUGCCCAGGAUGCCCUGGACCUCCUCUUUACCUGUGGGGCCACGGAGGAUGCCAGCGGGUCCCCUGCCCAAGUCCCACUCACUGAAGCUGAACUGGCCCUCUUUGACCCUUUCUCCAAAGAAGAUGAUGCCGGUCCCAGCCCCACCCACGUAAGUGAGCUGGCAACGAUAGAAGUAGAGCCCAGGAGACUGGACCAGGACCAGGACCCCUGGGAGCCAGGAGGGCAGGAGGAGGAAACGGAUGAGGAAGGAGGGUCCUCCCCUGCCUAUCUGAGCCAGGCCACGGCGCUCAUCACCCAGGCCCUGGAGAACGAGAAGGCAGGUGCCUAUCCUGCCGCACUCCAGGGCUACAGAGAUGGCGUGCAUAUCCUGCUCCAGGGCGUCUCUGGUGACCCAUCUCCUGCCCGCCGGGAAGGUGUGAAGAAAAAGGCAGCUGAGUACCUGAAGCGGGCAGAGGAGAUCUUUCGCCUGCACCUGUCCCAGCUGCCGCCGUGA